CUCAUUCAAAUCCAAUAGAUUGAGGGUGGCCGAACUAAGGCCAAAUCUGGCCCAUUGCCUGUUUUGGAAUAGCCCAUGAGCUAAGAAUGGUUUUACAUUUUCAUGGUAAUUUUUAAAAGCCUCAAAGAAGGAUAAUAUGCCCUAUAGUGACUAUACAUGUCAAAAUUGCAUGAUAUUCAAAUUUCAGUGUCUAUAAAUGAAGUCCCAUUGGAAACAGCUACACUCACUUGUUCACAUCUUGUCUGGAAAAGUUGCAACAGAGCCUGUAUGGCCACCAAGCCUAAAAUAUUCACUCACUGGUCCUUUACAGAAAAAGUUUUCCGACCCCAGCAAUAGUCAGCAGAAGAACAGAAGAGUAUAGCAGCAAGAUGUUCAAUACACACUGAACUGUCACAAGUCAUUUCAUCACCAUGACUGGGACUGAUAAGAACCCUGAGGCCUGUUUCCUGAAAUCUUUCAUGUUAAGUGAAAAUGUGCAACAGACCAUUGGAAUAGAGAGUGGAGAGGAGUGAGAUCAGGUCUCUCCUCUCAGUUCCUUUGGGUUCCAGCUUUGCCUUUGCCCUCUCUGCCUUUGAAUGCACCCACAGGGGUGACCAGACUGAGCGGCAGGCUGAGCAGCUUGGCCUGUUUGGGGGGCCUGGGCUGAGCAGAAGCCAACUCUCUCUCUUCAGUUGCAGGGUGCCAUCAUGGUUGCUUCCUGCAUCCAGAUACUGGUGGGAUUCUCAGGCCUCAUCGGCUUUCUCAUGCGCUUCAUUGGCCCCUUGACCAUUGCUCCGACCAUUUCCCUGGUGGCCCUGCCUCUCUUUGAUCCUGUUGGCAAUGACGCUGGAAUCCACUGGGGGAUUUCCUUCAUGACCAUCUUCCUCAUCAUGCUGUUUUCUCAAUUCCUGAAAAACAUCCCAGUGCCUGUGCCUGUGUAUGGUGGAGAGAAGAAGUGUCACACCUCCAAGUUCUACCUCUUUCAGUUCUUCCCUGUGCUGCUGGCUCUCUGCAUUUCCUGGUUCAUCUGCUUCGUGCUCACGGUCACCAACACUCUCCCCUCAUCCCCCAUUGACUAUGGGUACCUGGCCCGCACUGACACCAAAAGCAAUGUCCUGCGCCAGGCCCCUUGGUUCCGCAUCCCUUACCCAGGACAAUGGGGCCGCCCCACCAUCAGCCUGGCUGGAGUCUUUGGGAUCAUUGCUGGGGUGGUCUCCUCCAUGGUGGAGUCUGUGGGUGAUUAUUAUGCCUGUGCCCGGCUGGUGGGAGCCCCACCCCCUCCGAAGCACGCCAUCAACCGUGGCAUUGGCAUCGAGGGCCUUGGCUGCUUAUUGGCAGGAGCCUGGGGGACAGGAAAUGGCACCACCUCCUUCAGCGAGAAUGUUGGGGCACUGGGUAUCACCAAGGUGGGGAGCAGGAUGGUGAUUGUCACAGCGGGCUUCGUGCUGCUCCUGAUGGGUGUUUUUGGGAAGAUCGGGGCUGUGUUUGCCACCAUUCCAACACCAGUGAUCGGGGGCAUGUUCCUUGUCAUGUUCGGGAUCAUCAGUGCCGUGGGGAUCUCCAGUCUGCAGUACGUGGACAUGAACUCAUCCAGGAACCUCUUUGUCUUUGGCUUCUCCAUUUACUGUGGCCUCACCAUUCCCAACUGGGUGAAGAAGAACCCCGAGAAGCUGCAGACAGGCAUUCUCCAGCUGGACCAGGUCAUCCAGGUGUUGCUGACCACAGACAUGUUUGUUGGAGGAUUUCUGGGCUUUCUCCUGGAUAACACCAUCCCUGGAAGCCUGGAGGAGCGAGGCAUCCUGGUAUGGAAUCAAGUCCAGGAGAAUUCCAAGGAGACUACUCUGAAGUCCUCGGAGGUUUAUGACUUUCCCUGGGGCAUUGGCACCAAGUUCUGCACGUCCUCCUAUAUCCGGGUCCUCCCCUUCUGGCCCAGACUGGACCACAGCGGCAAAGAUCCACUGGCCACAACUCUCACUGACUUGGGUGAACAAGAUAAGAUGUAUGUAACCCACAUAGCAGAGGAAGCUACUUCCUGAAAUACUGGACAACUGAGACACCCACCUGUCUGGGACCCAUUGACCUUCCUGGAAAUAUCAUAAAAGGUUCUUCUGCCAAGUGCAGUGCCACACAUCUGUAAUCCCAGCAACUGAGGAGGCCAAGGCAGGAUGAUUGCAAGUUUGGGACCAACCUGGGCAGCUUAGCAAGACACUGUCUCAAAAUAAAAGAUAGAAAGGCUGGGGGUGUAGCUCCCCUGAGUUCAAUCCCCAGUAGCAAAAACAACAACAAUAACAACCCCAAACUCACUUAGGUCAAGGGAUAAGAUUGAAAGUCAGAGCCGACCAUCUUCCAACAGUGCCUGGUUCUUGUUAAUAAAGCUCUUUCUCCAUCACUCUGCCUCUGGAUUAUCCACUCUACUAGGUGGCAGGGAGCUACACCUUGUGUGGUGACAAAGUGAACAAGUUUUUUCUUCUCCAAAGAGACCAGAGCCUGCAGCCUCUGCCACAGUCUGGCUGGGCACAAUUCAGGAGCCACUUAUCAAGCAGAAAUGAACUUUAUUUUUAGAACACACACACUGCACCACACAAGCUCUUCAUGAAUUCCCUCAGAGCCCAACUGCCACCACCAGCUUCCCACAAGCCUCUCCACCCCCCCACUCCUCCUGCUCUUGAGGCCAAUUCGCUGGGUCACAUGGGCGGAGCCAAAAAAAGUCCCCCAAUGAGCAGCUCUGUGGUCUGAAAGGGCAGGGAAACAGCCCAAUGAGCAUUACAACAGUGGAGCCAAUCAGCUGGCAGCUAGAAGUUUGCUGGGGCCGCUGUGAGCCAAUCAUCAGCUGGCAGCUGGAAGUUUGCUGGCAGGUGGAAGUUUGCUGGGGCCCCUUCGGCUGUGGCUCUCAACAUCUCCCCCUCUCUGUUUAAACAACAAGCAUGUGGCUUACAGACCGUGCCUGCCUUAGGUUGUCCAAUACUACAUAUGGUCCUCACCCGUCAUCAGAUGAGCUGACCUCAAGGCAUCAGCCUCCUGUCUUAGGUUGGUACCUUUGCAAUUGGAUCUUACCCAUCAUUGACUACCGGUCCAGCAUACAGCCACACCUGUGGAUAGGUCUUUGUACCAGCUGGGGGGGGGUGAGAUUCUUUUCCUCACCUCUGUUGGCCCCCAAAUUUUAGCAGAACGACCAUCACAAGCAGAAGGGAGGAGGAUACACCAUGCCAAUUGACGGCUCCUUUUGGAAAAAUUGUAUCACUGAUGACACCAUCAGCAAAAAUACCACAACACUACCAUAAGUCGCUGCACCAACAGAUAGUUCACAAGGCAUACAAGUGAGUUCACAAUGCAUACAAGUGAUACAUAGUCCAGGCAAGUUCUGCAAGCAGUUUAGUGAUAGCUAUUGCAGAAGCCAUAGAUUGGUUUUAUCUUUGUCUUCACCGGCACUGGGAUGAAGAUAGGAAUUCUGGCAAUGAUGGCUAAAGAAAAAAUUAUGUAACAUUCCAGAAGGCACUAAAAGAAAACAAUUUUCUGAACAAUUUACAUUAUCUUGAACAGAAUAAUUAAAUAUUAUGAAAAAGAAAGGUGAAAGUAAACAAACAGAUCUGUUAACCUCUUUUUUUUGUUCACAUAUUAAAACAAUCCUCAACAGCUGUUUACCCAAUUUAAAUUAAACCAUUUAAAUCACGUGAAUAAAAUAAAAAAAAAUUUGGAUCCAUUUUUAUCAUGAGCGCUCAUCAUAUAUGAUAUAUGGACAUAUGUACAUACAAACAUACAACCCAAAACACAAAUGUGCACACAUAAUAUAAUACAUACAACACAUAACAUAAUAGUAAAGGCCUUAUAACUUUUUACAGGUGAAAUCUCCAUUUCAAUGUUUAAAAAUUCUAUAGUCAAAAAAUAGAACUGAUCAGCAAAACAUUAACCUAGGUCUGUAUGUGCUCAAAAAACAAAAUAGAACAUCAUGAUGUGGGAAAGGGCAAUAAUAAAAUAGAUAUUGAAAACAGCAUCCUGGUUCUGUUGCAGAUGUAAGGAUAGCCAAACUGGAGUUCUGGAUAUCAGCUGUUAUGGAUUUGAGCCAAAUCAUCUUCUUUUUGGUCUGUAGAAAUCGCUUUAGUUAAUCUCUCUGGAAUCCAAAUCAGCUGCUGUUCUCCCUGUGGAAACACACGAACAGACCUCCGACUCCAGACAAUUACUGGGUCAGGACCUUUCCACUGUCCUGUUAAAAUAUCCUUCAAAAGUACCUUGGGCUUAUGUACAUUUUUUGGACACAUAUGCCUUUCUGCAGCACUAAGCCCUGAUGAAUCCAAAUUUUAAAAGUUUAGAGUAGAAAGAGUUAUUUUAAGUUGAUCUUUGGGGAAUAUAUACCCCUUUCCAAUUCCGUCUUUUUGCUUUAAUAAGUACAUUUUAAUAGUUUGAUGAGCUCUUUCAACUAUGCCUUGUCCCUGUGGAUUGUAUGGGAUUUCUGUUGUAUGAGUAAUGCCAAAUGAUGAGCAAAAUUGUUUAAAAGAGGUAGAAGUAUAACCAGGGGCAUUAUCUGUUUUUAACUGUUUUGGAACGCCCACAGUGGCAAAAUUUUGUAAGCAAUGAGCUAUAAUAUCUUUAAUUUUUUCUCUGGCAUGAAGGGAGCCCAUCAAAAAUCUGGAAGAAGUAUCAACUGUAACAUGCAAAUAUUUUAAUUUUCCAAAUUCUGGCAAGUGUGUCACGUCCAUCUGGCAAAUAUGGUUAGGUAUCAGUCCUCUAGGAUUGACUCCAAGAUUAACUUGUGGUAAAAAGGUCACACAAUUUUGACAUUGUUUUAUUAUUUGUCUAGCUUGUUCCUUAGUUAUUUUAAAAUGUUUUUGUAAAGUACUAGUAUUGACAUGGAACCUUUUAUGAAAAUUUAUAGCUUCUUCUAUUGUAGAGAAAAUAUGUAUGUCAUGUGUAGUUUUAUCUGUUAAAUCAUUGCCCAAACUAAGGGCUCCAGGCAAUCCUGUAUAUGCCCUGAUAUGUCCUAUAAAGAAUGGAUCUUUUCUGUCCCAGAUUAGACUUUGUAUAGUGGAAAACAAAGAGAAAACAGUAGAGGAAGGGGAAAUCCUACCAGCAUCUUCAAGGGAUACUAUAACAUUAACUAUAUACUGACUAUCAGAAAAUAAAUUAAAUACAGAAUCUUUAAACAUCACAAAAGCUUGUGAUACUGCAUUAAGCUCUACCUUUUGAGCUGAUUGUUUGGGUACUAAAAAUGUAAAAGUUUGAUCAGGGGUAACUACUGCUGCUGUACCAUUAUUUGACCCAUCAAAUGAAUACAUUUGGAGCAUUCAUGAUAGGUGUUUUUCUUGUCAUUUUUGGAAAAACUACAGGAUGCAAAGACCAAAAAGACAACAAAAGAUUAGAUGGUAACUGAUUAUCAAAUGAAACAUUAGAUUUGCACAUGAUUAUUGCCCAAGUAUUUAACUCAUUAGCUAACUCAUCAAUUUGAUUCAUAGUAUAUGGAGUAAUAAUUUUAUUGGGAGAAUUUCCAAACAUUCUUUUUGCUGCUUUUAUUCCUUUGAGUAUUAAUUGUCCUACAUCCUCAGGAUACCUAGUAAGAAUAGUGUUAGGAGAAUAAGAUAAAUGUAUCCAUAAUAAUGGACCUUCUUGCCAAAAUAUUCCUGUAAGAAUAUUUUUUGUUGGUAGUAUAAUAAAUAAUAAAGGCAAACUUAUAUCAAUUAUAUCCAAAUGCAUAUUUUCCAUAUAUGUUUCAAUGAUUUUUAAUGCCUCUCUUGCUUCAGGCGUUAACAUUCGGGGUGAAUUUGGAUCUGAUGGAUCUUUUAGGAUAUCAAAUAAAGAUCCCAACUGUCCUAUUUGUAUACCUAGAUAAGGCCUUAUCCAAUUUAUGUCUCCUAAUAACUUUUGAAAGUCAUUAAGUGAUUUGAGUUGAUCUACUCGUAUUUGAAUUUUUGGUGGACGGACCAUAGUUGAGGAUAUUAGAACUCCUAAGUAAUUAAUUGGAAAAUUUAAUUGUACUUUAUCUAUUGCUAUCUGUAGAUUAUAAUUUUUUUAAUAAGUUUGUAAGUGUGGCAUAACAUUCUAGCAAUGUGUUUUUAUCUUUGUGUGCUAAUAAUACAUCAUCCAUAUAGUGAAAUAUUUGUAGUUCAGGAUUUUGAUUUCUAAGUGGCUGGAUUACGUUGUUAAUAUAAAUUUGACACAUAGUUGGGCUGUUAGCCAUCCCUUGAGAGAGUACUUUCCAUUCAUUUCUCUGAUCAGGACCUUCAUGAUUCAGUGCAGGGAUAGUAAAUGCAAAACAUGGAUUAUCCUCAGGAUGAAUUGGAAUUGAAAAAAAAACAAUCUUUAAUAUCUAUAGCUAAAACAUACCAGGUUUUUGGCAAAGCAGGCAAUUGGGGAAUCCCUGAUUGAGCAGGUUCCAUAAUAACCAUCUCAUUAUUAAUGGCUCUUAAAUCUUGCAAUAAUCUCCAUUUACCAGAUUUCUUUUUGAUGACAAAAAUGGGAGCAUUAUGGGGAGAUAUGGAAGGUUGUAUAUGUCCCUCCGCUAAUUGUUGUUUGACCAGGUCAUGGGCUGUUUGUAACUUUAGUCAGGGGCCACUGAGGAACCCAUACUGGUCUUUCUGAUUUCCAAGUAAUUUUUAUUGUCUCAGUGACCUCUCCUGAAAAUCCAAUACAUGUCUGUCUGUUCCUUGAUCUAUUUGUAUUGGUGCUGCUAUACCUUGUUCUUGUUCUCCUAAUAUUUUUCCUUUCCUAAAACCUUAUCUAGCCAUAAUAGUGGGUGCAUUUGGAUUGAUGUUAUUUGUUAAUGUUAGUCCUAAUUGAUCUAGGACAUCUCAUCCCCAUAAAUUUACGGAAAGAUGAUCCAAUACAUAUGGCUGUAUAGUUCCUUCACAUCCUUAAGGAGCCUUCCUAUCUAAUACCAUUGCACUUCUAUGGGGAUUAGUCACCACUCCUAGGCCUCGGAGCGUUUGAGUGGCUUGUUUAAUGGCCAAUGUUUUGGCCAAUCUUGACGAGAGAUGAUGCUAAGGUCUGUACCUGUAUCCAGUAGCCCAUUAAAUUCAUGUCCUUGAAUAUUUAGUUUUAGCAUGGGGCGAGAAUCUAAAUUUAAAGACAGCAUAGCCCAAUCUACACCUGUGGAGUCUAAUCCCCUGAAACCUCUUUCUACACUAUGACUGGAAAAUUUAUCAUGUAGGCUGGGUAUUAUUAGUAACUGUGCUAUUCUAUCUCCUGGUGAAAUUACUGAUAUACCCUUUGGAGAACUGGCUAUAAUUUUUAUUUCACCUUUAUAAUCAGGAUCAAUUACCCCAGGACUUAUCAUGAGUCCUUUUAGAGUAGAAGAACUGUGUCCCAAUAAUAAGCCUCCUGUUCCUUUCGGAAGAGGUCCUUUUACCCCUGUGGGAAUGAUUUGAACUCCCAUCUCUGGAGUUAGUACUGUUCUGGUGGAGGCACAGAUGUCCAAUCCUGCGCUUCCUCUGGUUUGUCUAGUGAGGGAUCUAAUGGACAAUGUGUCCUGGGCACUUCCCUGAUGGUGUUCCUGGGUUCCUCCAGUGCCCCAUAUAUUUGUGGUCAUGGGCCCCGGAGCAUUGGUUCCCCCUGUCCAUUUUUUGGCAAUGGAGCCCGAUGCCUUUCUCCAUGAUAUCGUGGAUAGACACCUGGUCCUUGUUCAGUUUUUGAUAACGGAGUACCCUAUAUGGUGGUUUGAGAACGGCAUUCAUUAGCCCAAUGUCUCCCUCUAUGGCAUCGUAGGCAAAUACCUGGUAUUCUACUCCUUUGAUACCUAGUUUUGUUAAACCCUCCUCCUAUGGGGCAAUUCCUUUUAAAAUGUCCUGUUUGUUCACAAUUGUAGCAUAUUUUUGGCCUGGCAUCUAAAACCUUUCCUGCUACUGCUGCCAGGACUUCCGUUGUUCAUUAAUGUCUCUACAUAAUUUAAUAUAUGUGUUUAAAUCUU